AUUUCAGCAGGAAAUGCGAAGGUUGCUUAAAGCCGGCCGGCCAAUAGGCGAAAGAGAAUCAACUAGUUUAGUUCUGAUCUGAGUAGGCUCAUAAUAGAAUAGGGAAUACCCUAACCCUGGGAACCGGGGCCUGGCCAUCCUUCGUUUGCUUUUACACGGCCGUCGAGAAACCACCCCUUUUACAGCUAGGUUCUGAAAGAACUAUGGUAUAGCCGGGAAACUGCUUAGCCACGUUAUAACACUAGAAAAGAAAACUACAUCUUUUCAGAGGGAUACGGGACAGAGCAACUCGAAGUGAAGUAAACUGGUGUAACUAGAACACUGAAGCUUUCAAGCCCUAAGAAAGAGUCCCAUUCAAGCUCCUGCUCCUAGAGAAGGUAGUACUCGAUUGCCUUUCCUUCUUCUUCCCACUAAACGAAUCCCCGUGUUUGAGUAGAAGUGCCUUCCUAUCUUCGCCCUCUAGCCUUCCAUCUCCACUUGCAUUUUCGCGGGAUUUUAGGCUGCAAGUCCAUUUCCGCUCGUAGAUGGGAUCUCAAAUCGGACAAGUUUGCGUUUUCCCGGUAUUUUUGCUUGUUUUGGAUUUCUCUUCCUAAGGCUAAUCUCAAAUCGGACAAGUUUGCGUUUUCCCGUGUUUUAGGCUUGUUUUUGAGUAGAAGAAAGGAAAGUAAUUUCGUGAAAUGGGAUGAGUAGCCAGCAAGCAAUAGCAUCCUGUUGUUAUAGAAGAAAUUCAAUUUCAUAAAAGAAAGAAGGACCCCGCUCGAAAGCGAAACGAAAUGGGGGACACUAUCGGGUAUGCCUGACAGAGAGAAUUGCUUGCAACGCAACUACAAGCCCAGAUGACUAAUGGAAGGAAGAGCUUCUGGCUAUCGAGAAAGCCCUGCUUGAAGAAAAGGCUACUUCCUACUGCCCUACCACCAAGAACAUAUUCUCGCCAUCUAUUUAGAGGGGAACUUCUUAUGAAACAACGCAGCUCCUAGUCCGACAGUUCGCGCUGCGCCUUAAGAGAAAGAGUUCCGGCAUACUACUAAUUGAUUAUUUGGCAGAUGCUUUCUCGCUGUCCGAUGGUUGUUCGCUACAGCCUUUAAGUAUCGCCUAGCCUCUCCUGGCGACGGCGGGACAUACUACCACCUAUUGAUAGAUCAGGAUUUGAAACCUGAAUGCCCCUCUUCCUAUGGUUAGUUAGGUUUUUCAUCUUUCUUGACUAUAAAGCAAUGUAGUGCCAGACUUCUGAAAUGUCAUCGCUGGACCAGCUAUUUCAUCUUUCAUUUCUGGUCAGAUCGAGCGAUGGCAGUCUCACCGUAGUGCUUUCAGCUGUAGUAGGAAAAAAUAACUCACUGGGCUAGGGUGCUUUCUUUUCCUCAUAAGCUGCUAUACCUUUGAAGUGCUAUUCUAAAGUAAAUAGUCGGAGAAUGAAAUACCUUAUUUUCCAACCAAAAAACGAUCUUUUUUGAAGGAAAUGUCUUUCGAGCCGGGAUAUCCUUAUGCAAGGUUCACUUUCCUGGUCAGAAAGGGGACAAGAACUAACAACUGAACGAGUGAAACGGAGUUCACAACGGAAGAGUGAUGGCAUGCCAUGCCGGGCAGGUGAGAUCAAAUAGAUGAUAAGUACUAAAACAACUGGGAACCCCCAUCUCCAACCGAUGGAAGAGGGGCAGCGGCCCAAAGGCAAGAGACGGCAUAGCUCGAGUAGAGCUAAUAGUUCCGGAACUUCAUCAUUAUUAAUCCUAGCCGGGUUAGAGCCAUACAUAGGUAAUAGCAUGUCCCAAUGCUAUCUCCCUCGAAGUUGUUGUUCAAUAUGAUCUUGUUUUUGGGGGGAGGAUCCACUAAAUGGACCAACGUAGCACUGUCGGGUCGAUAGCCCUUGAUCCGAGUUUUCGCUUGAAAGAAGCGCAACUUUUAGGAUUUACUAUUCUAAUUUAUAAAGGUGAAGGGAGCCAAACAUGUAGUCUCAUUGUGUAAGUUGGCAUCCCCGUACUUCGUUGUAUGCAAUGAAUUUCAUUGUUCAGAUCAAGGCGCAUCUGUCUUAGGUACCCCACUUAUGCCUAUAAAUAGCAUAUAUGCACCGCUGCUGAUCCUUUGUCCCUUUCUAAAUCCAGCUUCAACCGAGCAUACGUCUGCCGCGGGAACAGGAAGCACGGAAAUGGACUGAAGUCUUUCCCGUUGGAAGGCUGGGGGGCGAAGCUGGUGGAGGAUCAGGAGAAGAAAGCGGGCAGUGUAUAAUAUAAAAGGGAGACUGGGAAAGAGCAGGGCUUGAACUACCGGUUCGAGCUCACAGGAUAGAAAGGAUUCCUUUGAACGCUAUAUUGAUAGUUCCAUGUAGUCAAGUUGAUGGCACAUAUUUUAUCUGCCUCUACUUCCUCAAUAUCAAUGAAUAUAUAGCUUGAACCCCCAACCCCUGAAUUCGAAAUGUCGUAAGUGAUGUUCGAAAUCACUGAAUGUGUAUUGAUUGCCGCUUGAGUAGGUAGGAGAAGUCUCGGAAUCAGCAUCGGGGUUCUUUAUA